AUCGGCGGAUACAGAAUGAAGGCAAGCGGAAAAGAUGGCAUCAGCAUACGAACGAUGACCGAGAAGGACUACGCGACAGUGAAACCCUUUAUGAAGGAACACUUCUUCACGGGAGAGCCCCUGGGCAGCUCCACGGGGGAGCCAGUGCACCUGCAGAACGAGAAGGACAACGAUGAGUAUCAUCUAUCGAUGAUCAGGCAGGAGACGUGCCUCGUGGCUCUCCAGGGCGAACGCCUUGUGGGCUUUGUCCUGGCGGGUGCCCAGUGCCCCGAAGACGUGGAGAAGCAUCGAAAGGAGGCCGAAAAGAUGGAGGAUCACGCCUGGGGUCGCAUCUGCCGCCUGUCCUCCAAAGUCGAGGGCCAAGUGAAUCUGUACGAACGGUACGGGGUCUCGCGUGCCCUCUACUCGCACAUCACCAAUGUGGCUGCCUCGAUGAGGGGCAAGGGACUGGGCUCCCGCCUCGCCGCCGCCCUGAUGGAGGUGGGUCGCGCCAAGGGCUUCCCCCUGAUGGUCGCCUACUGCACGAGUUUCUACUCGGCGCGACAGAAGGAGGCCCUGGGCAUGGAGUGCAUCUACUCGUUGUCCUACCAGGACUACAAGGAUAACGCAGGAAGAAUCAUAUUUAAGCCAGCGCCACCGCAUACCCACUUUCGGGUGAUGGUUAUUCAAUUGUGAUGUCCCAUGGGAAUAUUUCUAUAAAUAUUUAAUAAUUUUUAGAAUUUU